GACAAUAUCCCACCCAGCCGUCCUACCCCGUCCAGUCCCCCGCCAACCCCGCCGUGUACCCACAGACUAUGCCCCUUCCGCAGCCGCCGCCCUACACAGAUGCACCUCCUGCUUAUUACGAGCUUUACCGUCCCAGCUUCGUGCCUCUGGGGGCUGCCACCGUACCUACAAUGUCUGCGGCGUAUCCGGGCGCUUCCGUCUUCCUGCCCAUGGCCCAGUCUGUGGCCGUGGGUCCGAUCGGCUCCCCCCCCCCCCCACCCCCCCCGAUGGCGUAUUACCCCGUGGGACCGGUUUAUCCUCCGGGCUCGACAGUCCUUGUUGAAGGUGGCUUUGAUGGUGGAGCAAGGUUUGGGGCUGGUGGAACAGCCAGCAUCCCUCCCCCCCCUCCUGGCUGUCCCCCCAACGCCGCCCAGCUGGCCGUAAUGCAGGGAGCCAACGUCUUGGUGACGCAACGGAAGGGAAACUUCUUCCUGGGAGGCUCAGAUGGCGGCUACACUAUCUGGAAGCAAAAGCAGAGGAAAACUAGCGUCUGUGCCUACGUGAGCCUGUGUGUCGGGGCUAAAGCCGGCUCUGCAGACGAAGCGAACCUGCUCCGCUUCUGA